CAUGCCGUUGAAAAAACACAUGGAAGACACCUAUUCAGUGAGAGAAGAGCAUUAUAAUGCUGCGACUCUUCUAUCGUUUGGUUCGGUAUUAAACACAUUGUUGAGACCUCAUAACAGUAUAGUAAGCGUAGUCAUCAGAUACAAAGCAGUGUUGAAGAAUUUAGUCUUCGUUUGGAUGUUAUAUGGUAUUCCAUAUUGAAUUCGGUAACAAAAAAAAACGAUUUCGUUAGAAGUUUUAUUGUUUAAUAUGACUGACACAAAUCAGUCAAAUAUUUUAGUAAAAGUUUAACAUUCAUAUGACACAGCGACAUAAAUCAGAAACUGAUUUCAAGUGACAAAAAAUUGUGGAAAAAAAAUCGUAAAAAAAUUUGCUGAUAUAGCCGAACAUUUUGUUGAACAAAAUUUGAUAAAAAAUUUAACAAAUUUUUUCCAUUUGUGAAUCUAACUGUAAUUAUAUCGAUUUUGUGAUAAGUUCUUUUUCAAGGAAAGAGAAGAACUUAGUUUUGCUCAAGUUUUGUCAUCAGUUUGUCACAAACAAUAGUAAAAUUAGAGUAAUCACUGCUAGACCAACAAUGGAUAUGUACAAAUUGAUGGUAGUGCAUUGGUCUAUAUUCACAUUAUCCAUACAAUUGAUUUACUGUGCAUCAGUUUACUCAAAUGUCGAUGUACAUGCACAACCAACGGAAUCAAUAUGUAAAACAGAUCUAAAACAAUAUGUGCAAGAACGAGAAGUUGAAUCUAGUCUAAUAUACGAUCUACAUCCUGGAGAUGUGCCAUUACCAUGCAGAUCAGUUCUAUCUGCGCCGGAAUCCAAUGGCUUUAUCGUUCGAUUGCAUAAGCCGAAAGUGAAAAAGACGUACGAAACCACUCACAAAAGUAGUGGUGAAUCAGGACGGCGGAUAUGGAACGAUACUAGUUGCCCAUUAGAAAUUAUUUCAACAAAUGAUCAGCUCAUUGCACCUUGGAAAAUUGAUCCAUGCCAAUUGGAAACACAUAGAAUGGUAGACGAACCGGUGCGUUUACUGCCCGGUCGAUUGAAGAUUACCUGGAAUCAUUAUGGAAAUGUGCCUGCUUACAAAUUAAUUAUAACCGUAUUAGGGAAGGGAUAUCAUUGCAAUCAAAAAGGAAAACAUCCUUGCCUACGUUUCGGGAGUGAAGUUAUGCUUUGUGUGUCAGAUACAUUAGUUUGCGAUGGAAUUAGACAUUGUCCCAAUGGGAAUGAAUAUGAUAGUGACGAGGAUCCAGAAUUGUGCUUGAAGCACAAAAACAACAUGGAUUUUAGAAAAAGUGGAAACGUUUUCCAACACAUCGCAAAAGAAAUUCGAAAAAUUUUCCCACAAGAAGAGAAUGUAUCAGUUCUGACACCGCCACCAAAAAUGACAAUUAUCACAACGACCGAAUUAGAUCCGAAACGAGAAAAUCGUCCGUCAUUAACGCGUGGCCUGUCACGAUAUGGACCGUGGGGCUAUUUAAUGCUGGGAAUGCUGCUGUGCGGCGGUGCUUUGUUAAUUUGUGGACUAUGGGAAUGCUGUUGUCGCCAUAAAAAACCAUCAGUGCCCCCAGACUUUGAUGCUUCAGCGAAUGCAUAUUCAACGUCAGAUUUUACAACCACAAAUUCAUCACCAGUUGACCAACAAUCAGCCCCACAAAUCAAUUAUGAUGAAAUCGAUCCACCACCCAGUUAUGCAGCUUUAUUUCCAAACCAAAAAACUACAAACGAAUCAAAUGGUAUAAGUUCAUCUGCAACAGGGGAUGGACCGCCAGCCACGCUACCGACAAACUAAAAUAUUCGACUGAUUAAAUUAGUUUUAAGGAGGGUCUUAUUAUAUAGAUUUCCGUUAAGUUUAGCUUUAAUCGAUAGAAAACGACACUUUGAAAAUGAUGAAUUUGUGAGUCAGUAUGUAUAUAGGAUAAGUACCAGCAAUGCUAACAAAAAUGUAGAAAAAAGCCGUUCAUCAUGUUUCAAUUCAAAUGUGAUAUAUUUUGUGUUCGUUUGUAAUUUACGAGCAUUUUGUAAUAAUAAUUUUUUUAUGAAUUAGGA